AUGAAAAUUACACAACUUGUGCAUAUUUUAUGUGUUAUCACAUCAAUAAAUGCCCUCAAGUAUAUAAUACGCUAUGAGACGAAGAAGUCGCGUUGCUUGAACCCGCCGCGCACAGCGAGACGUGUGGAGUCAGUGAUUGGCGAUUGCCAGGAAGAGGUCAAAAAUAAACUAGUAACUGAGGCCUAUGAGAUACUCAAGGAGCAGGUGUCGCAAGUGCCGACAACUAUGAAUCCAAAGGAUGAAAGUGUGGAGUUCAUCGAGUCCUUCUCAUGGCCACCAUUGCAUGAUAAAUUUAUGCAGCAGCAGCAGCCACCAAGCGAGGCGCCACCAAAUGCCACUCACUACGAGUAUAUAGUUUUCGAUGAGCCGGAGCCAAAGCGUCGCAUGGCGCGUUUGGUGCGCAGCAUCAAGCGUCUAGAUGUGGCCAGGGCGGGCAUCUAUCAUCCAACUCUUGUGCCGCUGGAGGAUAAACGCAUUGCGGGCUGUCUGCUGCACUGCGUCUAUGCCAGAAAUAACGCCAUUGACAAGAACGGUUGGCCCACGUUGGAUGGCCUGGUGCACUUUUACUCGGAGGGCGUGCACGAGCAUGGUUUCUUUAUGGCCACAUUGCGUUCGGUUAAUCUCUGUCUGCGGGCCAUGACCAAGAAAUAUAACGUUAAUCGUAAGGAGUUGCCACAGAAGGGCGAAAGCUGUGAUUUGGCAUUUGAUGUCUUUGACUGCAUAUCCGAUCAGAUAACGGGCUAUUGUUUGGAUGAAUAUAGCAGAUAUUAA